AUGACCAAGGACAGCACUCAGCAGGACCUCCCAGCAUGGUUUGCGGAGACUCGCAAGAAGGGUGUCAGUGUGGCAGGAAAUGGACUCUUCACCAUCUUUAGAAUCGCCGACCUGCCUCUACAGUACUAUCUCCUCUCAUCUGGCGUAGGAUUGAAACUCGUGGAAAAGCUGGGCGGUAGAGCCGUCUCGAAUGUAGUCACGUCGCCAGUUACUAAGAUCGGCCUGUCACCAUAUGACUCCCUCGUGUUCGGACUCGCUGUUGGCAGUGCUGCUAAGCAGAUUUACUGGUGCCUUGGAGUGGCCGACAACAAGUUCGACCCUGGCUUCUCCACCAUGAUCGCCGCAUACAACACAGUGCUGAACUCCGUCAACACUCUGCUGACACUCUGGGCCGUCAGCUCCAACCGCCCUGCAGUUGGUGACUCUUGGUCUACAAUGUUUACGACACAGCCGAGUAUCGCGGUUGGUGCCGGACUUUAUGGCCUCGGAUUGUUUACUGAGUGGUGGAGUGAAGUGCAGCGUAAGCAAUUCAAGCAGAACCCGGCCAACAAGGGCAAACUUUGUACCAAAGGACUCUUCGGGAUGGCACGGAAUAUCAACUAUGGAGGUUACUCUCUGUGGAGAGCAGGGUAUAGCAUUAUCUGCGCGGGGCUCCCAGCGGGCCUAGGAAUGUUUGUGUUCCUUGCUGGUGACUUUUCUCAGAGAGCCAUACCAUUGUUGGAGACAUAUCUGGCAAAGAAGUACGGGGAGCAUUGGAAAGAGGUCAAGAAGAAGGUGCCCUACAAGCUAAUACCGUAUAUCUACUGA